AUGGCGAGUGUCGAUGAAGUCAAGGCAUUCAUUGAGCCCAUCUGGGUUGAUGAUGCUGAAGAUGAGCCUGACAUGUUCGCCGCUGUGCGUGCAAACAUCAAUCUCCAGCAACUAUCAAGAGUCGCCUCCCAAGUUCGUCCGGGCUUCGCAGAUAAGCUCCCCUCCGUUGGUUCAUUCAAUAUUCUUUUCCCAUUGCGCUUCGAGGAUGGAAUGCGCUGGCUCGCCAAAGUUCCAGUCAACGGAGUUCCGGGAAAAUGGGACCAGCUGUCUGUCGAUGCCAUGAUCUCCGAGGUAAACACGAUGCGUUUGUUAAGCCGAAAGACGACCAUCCCUCUUCCUGAGGUAUUUGGAUUCGACUCAACAACGGAGAAUGACGUCAAGUGCCCAUUCAUUCUCUUGUCAUUCAUCUCUGGCAAGCCUUUAUAUGAUGUCUGGUUUGGACAUCGCUUGAGCGGUGUUGAUAUGGAGACAACUCAUGCGCGUCGCAUGCGGGCACUGAGUGAUAUCGGCGCCGCGAUGUCUCAGUUGGGCAAAUUCUCCUUUAACUCCUCCGGCUUUGUCAAAUUUGACGAAGAGGGCAAUCCUUCUGGUGUUGGUCCGUCGCGCUGCCUCGAUUAUCAAGAAAUGGUUGAUCGAACGUGGGGAAAUGAAGAUGAUAGCGAGGACCCUAUCGAUGAUGACAGCGGGGACCCUAUCGAUGAUGACAGCGAGGACCCUAUCUAUAUCGAGGUACCGGCCUUCGAAGACCCUCAGCAGCAGUACAACUUCUUUCUCGACUUACAUCCCAGAACAAAUCCCUUUGAAAGAGGAGUCAAUUUGCUGCUGAAAGAACUGAUCAAGGGGAUCCCGCAACCGACAAAUGUUAACCCAUUUGUUUUGGCGCACCCUGAUUUUGACAUACAAAAUUUCCUUGUCUCCGAAGACGGCCAGCUACUAGGUAUCAUUGACUGGGAUGGUGUGUGCUGUUCUGCCAGGAGUCACGGAAAUGAAGCCUAUCCCAGUUGGCUCACAAGAGAUUGGGACCCGUUGAUGUACAACGACCAGCAGUCCAUGGACGAGGGCAAGGAGCCGGAUGGUUGCUGGGAGGACUCACCUGAGACCCUUCAAAUUUAUCGGAUUGCUUAUGAUGAGAUUAUGUCCAAGUUUCGCAAGAGAGAUGCCGACAUCAACCUCACCAGAAUUUCUUUGAUCACAGAAAGUCUCAUGAUUGCCGCGGUGGACCCAAGAUGCAGGCACGUCAUUGUGGACAAAAUCAUUCACGAAAUCUCAAAGAUGUUGGAACUGGUAGAACCACUGUAUUUCACCGAACUGGCGGAAGCAUUCGCAGGAGAUUCAUUUGGUGAGGAAAUGCGAGCAACCUUGGAGCGCGGAAUGAAGAAAUUAUUCCAAGAUGCUCGGUAG